UUAGCGAUUUAAUUAAUCACUUUUACUGUUUACUUUUUUAAUUAAACUGUGUUAAUUAAAUUAACAAUAACGGCAGCUAUUAGUCCACUGCGACGCAGAAACGAAGCCGCGCCAGUCGUUGCGACGACUCCAUUACCUAAAUCGCCGUAGGAAAAAGCCACCAGGAAGUCCCAUUCCCACAAUCACAACAACAGCAACCUCAAGUAACAAGUGUGUGUGUGUGUGCGAGUGCAUAUGUUCGAAUUUGUUCAGGCACGGUGAAUAAUUUACGGCUUGGCCUUCCCCCUGAGGAGCGACAAAAAAUAAAACAACAAAGUCGCACGUUCACUCACUCCCACACACACACCAGCGUACGCACCUCGCACGCAUACAGGCGCAGCCCCGAUAACCUGCUCGUGUGUGUGUGUGAGGCAAUCGCCUCGCAAUCAAAUCAGUGAAAACGAAAACAAAAUCAGAAACAACAACAAACACAACAAUUGAGGUGCCGUCAGCAGCUGCAGCGCCAAAAGUGAAUAGGAAUUGAGAAGAUCUCGAAAGAAAGAUGGGCCUGCUAUUGUCCCGUCUGUGGCGGAUGUUUGGAAACGAGGAGCACAAGCUGGUCAUGGUGGGGCUGGACAAUGCGGGCAAAACGACAAUCCUAUAUCAGUUUCUCAUGAACGAAGUGGUCCACACUAGCCCCACGAUCGGCUCCAACGUUGAGGAAGUCGUCUGGCGCAACAUCCACUUCCUGGUGUGGGAUCUCGGCGGUCAGCAGAGCCUGCGCGCAGCCUGGAGCACUUAUUAUACGAACACAGAGCUGGUGAUCAUGGUCAUAGACUCGACGGACAGGGAACGGCUGGCGGUGACGCGGGAGGAGCUUUACCGGAUGCUGCAGCACGAGGAUUUGAGCAAGGCCAGCUUGCUGGUGUACGCAAACAAGCAGGACCUCAAGGGAUCGAUGUCGGCGGCAGAGAUAUCGCGACAACUGGACCUCACCUCGAUCAAGAAGCACCAGUGGCACAUCCAGGCGUGCUGCGCGCUGACGGGCGAGGGCCUCUACCAGGGGCUGGAGUGGAUCGUGCAGCGCAUCAAAAACAAAUGACACGCCACGCCAGAUUAGUAGCUAAUCAAUUACCAACAUAGCUAAGCCUGUCUAGAAAAGUAAACCAAUUUUGAUAUAAACAAAUUUUUAAGCGUUUCCAAAUUGUUUUGAGAUGAUUACGAUGAUGAUGAUGAAGAGUUGUUGCCAAGCCAAUUUUAUUUAGUGUAAAAUAACGACGAUGAUCCCCUCAAUGAGAUAAUGAUACGAAAAUUGUACGUGUAUAUGGAUAAUGUCUAGGAGCUAAGCCAAUUAUUAAUUAACUAACGAUACUUCCAAUAAAAUUACAAAAUAAA